AUGGCGGGAGGCAUCUGGGAAGCCUUCUUUUUCGAAGAAGAUAUUCGCGUCAUGGUGAGAGAGAGCGGCAUCGCGGCCACGAAGCCGAUAUUCCCCAGCUACUUGCUUCCGAGCUUCAAGUUUACUCUCCCUGGACGUCGCCGCCGCUCUGCGUCUUCGACAUCUUCGACAUCUUCUACGUCGUCGGAUUUAUCUAGCGGUCGUGGUGAUGGCGCUUCAUCAACGGUGACCACGCCGAAUGGCUCUCCUCCUGACGACGAUUCUGCAAUCACUGCAUUGGGAAACAAAAUCACUGGUCGACGACUCUCUCGGACAGCGGCAGAUACGCUGCGUUGCUCGAGCUGUGCUACCGACAUUGCAUUCACCUCUCAGAUUAUUUCUAAGGGUUUCACCGGCCGCUAUGGCCGCGCGUACUUGAUCUCCCCUCCGCCAGCAGACUCGGCGAAUGCAAAAGCGUCACUGGCGUCGCUGCUCAACGUCCGCGUUGGCAAGAACGAGAAUCGCCAGCUUGUCACUGGAUGGCAUGUGGUGGCAGAUAUUUGCUGCGGAAUAUGCUCCCGCAAGCUUGGCUGGAAAUAUGUGGACGCCAAGGAAGAAUCACAAAAGUACAAAGUGGGCAAGUUUAUCUUGGAGACGGAGCGGGUGGUGACACAUCGGAGCUGGGAAGACGUCACGAUUUCCGAGGGCCUGGAGCUCAUGGAUGAAAUGGCAGGUGAAGAAGAAGCCGCCGCCAGAGGAAAGAAAGAUGGCGACGGCCAAGAACAAAGCGAAGUUGAGUUUGAUUCCGAGGACGAUGAAGAGUGUGAGGCUGUGUUCGCUGGCCUGUGGGAUGCUGAGACGGCUGCCAAACGAAGGAGCCGCCUGGGUGCGAGGCCAAGGCCAGCGCGGGACUCGUCGGAGUCGUGA